AUGUCCAUCAAUUUCUCCCAAAGAUCACCAUUACCACGCAUCAAGCAUUUGAAACUGGGCACAACAGUGGGACAGGGCUCAUUCGCAUUUGUCAAGACAGCAUGUUUAGAAUCGGAUCCCAAGACUGUUGUUGCAGUCAAGUUUGUACAUUUGCCAACGUGUGCGAAGCACGGACUGAGUGAAAAAGAUGUCACUCAAGAAGUUAUCUUACAAUCGAAAUGCAGUGGACACCCGAAUGUUCUCAAAGUUAUCGAUUGCAAUCUGACCCAUGAUUUUCUAUGGAUUGUAAUGGAGAUGGCCAGUGGCGGAGAUCUUUUUGAUAAAAUUGAACCUGAUGUAGGUGUGGACUCCGAAAUUGCACGAUUUUACUUCAAGCAAAUGAUCAAUGCCUUGGAUUAUCUGCAUCAGGACUGUGGCAUAGCUCACCGCGAUGUAAAGCCAGAAAAUGUUCUGUUAGACAAAAAUGGUAAUCUGAAGCUAGCGGAUUUCGGCUUGGCGUCUCGAUUCAGGCGAAAAGAUGGUUCUAAAAGGGUUUGUUCAGAUAGACGUGGCACUUUACCAUACAUGGCACCUGAAAUAGUGUACUCCCGCGGAUACCAUGCUGAUCUAACAGACAUAUGGUCUUGUGGCAUCUUGCUGUUUGUCCUGCUAGUUGGAGAGACACCUUGGAAUAUACCUUGCGAAGAUGAUCACCAAUUCAAAGAGUUUUGGGUGAAUAGUGGGAAACUAGUCAGUGGACGGUGGGCAAAGCUUGAUUUGACUGAAUUGAAUUUGCUGCGUAAAAUACUGCAACCAGAGCCGACAGAAAGAUACACCUUAGACCAAUUAAAACUGCAUACUUGGUAUUCCAAUCCCGUGGCUUUUGCUGACGAGUCAGGUUUAUGCAAAGAUCCUCAAUCGCUUUCCGCAAAGCUAAUGAGUAGACUUCACGACUCCGUUAACGAGGAAGAUCUAACCCAAAACAACCACCAAUUCUACGAAAGGGCUUUAUAUACUUCAACUCAACCCACAGGUUCUCACGGUGCGACUCUUCAACAAGAUUGUACAAACGUGGAAAAAUUCGCUGCCAGUCAAUUUGAUUUGUCCCAUAAAGCUGACGAAGGCGAUAACAUUGACUGGAAUUCUAAUUUACAGCACGAUAUCGACAGUCAGCGGCUCUACAACUGCAGCGAAGACAGCAGCUCUCUGCUGAAUGCCUCAAAAAUGACUAAGUUUCUUUCCGCUAACGACGUUGAUACUAUUUUGGAUACCUUAGAGUACGCACUUAAGGAAUUGAAGAUUCCAGUCAGCUCGCGACUAACCAAAUCUUUUCACAAAUUGACUGAGACUAUUGACUACAAAGAGAUCUUCCCUCUCCCAGUUCAGAUAAAAACUUCAGAUCGAAAAGGGUGGGCCCUAACAGGUAAUAUUACGCUUUCCUUACUUGACAGUGGCAUUAUAUUACUUUAUUUCAGCAGGAGAAAGGGCGAUCCGCUAGAAUGGAGAAGACUUUUCCGUUCAAUCAGCUUUCUUUGCCGUGACAUCAUUCACAGACCCUAA